UCUAGUACUAGUAUUUCAGUAACUUUUGUAAGUGUCUGUUGUGAUUAUUUGAAACAUGGGUGGAAACCGCGGUAGCAGUGGUGGUGGGAAAGGUGGCGGUGGAGGAAAUUCUAGCAAAGGCGGUGGCGGUGGCGGUGGAGGAAAUUCUAGCAAAGGCGGUGGCGGUGGUGGUGGUGGUGGUUCAGGGGGAUAUAUGAAAGCCCCUGGUGGUGAUGGAGCUUACAUUUCAAGGGGAACAUUUGAAAACAACCCUCAGGGGUAUUUCAGUGGCUUGCAUGCUGGAGAAAAGGGCAACAAGUAGUGCCAUUAAUUUGCAUUGUUCUAGUGUUUUAAGCUGCAUGUUCUCAUAAUUAUGUAACUCUCGAUCGUGUUUAUCUAUGUCACUAUAUAUCAAUAUAUAUAAAUAAAUGCAGCUAUUAUAUAUUGUUAUGAAUUA